AUGUUUGAUGUAAUUGACGAUGUUAUGGCGGAACAAAAUACAAAUCAAGAAAAUAUAGACGAGGAGGGGCGAGGUAUAGACCCGAAAUUUGAUGAUUUGUUUAAGGAGCUCAAUACCAAGUUAUACCCUGAAUGUAGCAAUAUGUCUGCCUUAAACUUUUUGGCAAGGUUAUUGCAUAUUAAAGUGAUCAAUAGAUGGACAAAUAGUUCGUUUGGAGGGCCUAUACACAUGAGAUGGAUGUAUCCUUUUGAAAGAUACAUGAAAAAACUUAAAAAUUAUGUCAGAAACAAAGCCAAGCCAGAAGGCUCAAUAGCAGAGGGUUAUGUUGCAGACGAAGCUUUGACAUUCUGCUAUAUGUAUCUUGAGGGUAUGCAAACAAAAUUCAAUCGGGUUGAUAGAAAUGAGGAUCCUGGCCUUCCAAAAAGGCAAUUUAAUGUGUUCUCAUCACAAUAUAGACCGAUGUCCACUAAGAAGCUCGCCGAACUUUGUAAAGAUGCUAAAAAAUCAUUACAUUGGUUUGUACUAAACAAUUGCGAUGAGGAUGAGCUGAAAGGAUACAUAUCCGAAUUCAAAUCAGAAUCGCCUGAAAGUGAUUUGAAAACAGAAUUUCCUCCAUGGUUCAAAAGAAAGAUUUAUUGCCUCGAAAGAGAACCACCUUCAGAAUGUACUAACGAAUUAAUGGCAUUGGCACAUGGUCCGUUAGAUGGAACUUCUUACACCGUCUGCAUAGUAAAUGGUGUUCGAUUUGUUGUGCUUAGCCGUGAUCUCCAACGUACUACUCAAAAUAGAGGCAUUCUUACAUUAGAAGUAGAUGACAUAUUUUAA